CAUUUGAUCCACUCUUUCAGCGCUUAUGUGAUACUCUUUUGGACCAAAUAUUUCAAUCAACCCAUUGAAUGGUAUUUAAGUGAUAGUGAGCUGACCAUCGAUGGCGAGCGGUGUGCGGGAAGUCCUACUGGCAGUCAUCGACACCGCGAAUGUAUGGUUACCUCCGAUCGGAAGCGCCUGUCGGUCAGCGACGGACUAGUGUUUCACUGGCGAGACUUAGACACCGAUGACAUGCCGUCCCAUCGACUGCGGCACCAGUUGUGGACACUGUAUAACUUGGAGGCGCCCACACUUACCUACCAAUACGCCGGCGCUAACCUCUGUGACAGUGAUAUAGCCUUUAACCUCACGAGUAGUUACCGCACGGACUCCGACCUAUGGGUGCCUUACGGGAGGCUUACGAGACGUAAUCACCGGAUAUCUGGUGGUACGCGACGGCAGAGACUACUACUACCGGUGCUGUCGAGCGAUGGCGUCGACUUGGAUGGGAAGUCCAAAGAGAUCGCGUGGUUUGUCAGCAAUUGCGAGACAUCGGCGAAGCGCGAGCUAUACGUCCAGCAGUUGUCGCGCUAUAUAUCGGUCGACAUAUACGGCAAAUGCGGGCAAUGGGUGUGCGAACCACACCGGAGUCCACACUGUUUUGCGCGCAUUGCCAGUGAAUACAAGUUUUACCUGUCGUUUGAGAACUCCAUUUGUCGCGAUUAUGUGACGGAAAAACUGUUUGAUCCGUUGAACUACGCUAUGGUUCCGGUGGUGUUUGGAGGCGCCGAUUACGGCCGACUCAUGCCCUCCAAGUCCUAUAUAGACGCCACGCGACUCACACCCAAGCAAUUGGCGGAUCAGUUGCUGCAGAUUGGGUCCAAUCGUAGCGAAUAUUUGUCUUAUUUUGAUUGGAAGCGAGACUUUGCGGUGGAGUCGGCGCUGGACCUCAAGUUUGAGGUGUUGUGCCGUUUGUGUCGGGCGUUGAAUACUCGCAAACCGUAUCACCAUUCGAGUCAUACCGGCGCUGAGGUGACGAAGUGGUGGUUCCAGAGCUCGGACUGCAAAUCGUGGGUCAAUGAGAGCCACAGUAAUGCCAAUAGUUUUGUGAAUGCGUUAUGAGAUUGUGUUAUGUUUUGUUUUGUUAUGCAUUUGAAUCUCA